AUGCCUGAUAAGCAAAAGCUCAAAGAGCCGGUUCAAAUCAGUCCACCGGACGAUGAAGGGCAAUAUAUAGCAGGUCUGCUCGACCCUCAGGCUGCUCAUGCCAGUGGCGAGGGAAGGAAAUCCCGCAUUUUGUCAAGGAGUGGUUCAGCUCAAUUAUCAAGAAAUACAUCGCCUGUGUUUCUCCCUACUGAAGUUCAGCUCAAGGCACAGUUGGCGAGAGUUGAAAUUCUCAAGGAAAUACUUGAGGUGGUCAGCCAAGAGGAGCUGACACUUGAAGAGCUCAAUGAAUACAAGGCUCAACGUAUCUUUACUGCUCUUAAAAGAGAGAUUGCUCGAUGUAAGGCUCGGCUCACACUGGCUCCACUCGAUCACGGCUCAACUAGUAUCAGAGUGGACACUAAGUUGCCAGACAUCUCGUUGCCGGUAUUCAAGGGAGAGUACGCUCAAUGGCCUACCUUUAUCGAGCUAUUUCAGAGUCUCAUCUUAGACAACACUCAACUGUCAAACGUUCAGAAACUACACUAUCUGAGGGGAUGCUUGAAAGGCCAGCCUGCUCAGCUCGUGUCUACUCUGCCGCUCACGGGAUGCUCGCUCGAGCAGUUGUUAAAAAUUUUGACACUCAUGGAGUUAACUCCAUUCACUCAACGGAGUGCCACUGGCCUAAACAAGCUUAUCAAUACUUACGCCGAUGUCACCAAGGGACUCGACACGCUUGGCGUUUUACGCUCGAAUCUCGGUGACGUCUUACUCGUUUACCUAGCAUAUAAGAUCUUGGAUCGCUCAACUAGAGAGGCAUGGGAGACGUCUCUUGGUUCUUCUCAGGAUUAUCCAACCUUUUCUCAAUUGGAGGAAUUCUUAACCUCUAGAGCUCGAGCACUAGAACGGAUUGAAACAGUGCAUCCAUCGUCAUCUGCUACAAAGUCUGCUCAGCCUUCUCAUUCAGCCCCAACCAAGAAGGCUUCAGCUCAUACCGCGGCGAUGCAGUCAACGGCAACCGCUCUCUCGAAGACGACAUCCUUCGCUUAA